UUCAAUUUGAGGACUUUGUCCGGUUACUUCCAACUAACAUGGACGCCAAUAUGUUUGGGAAAGGGUUAUAUAUACAGAUGAAAGAGAAGGAAAACGAUUGGGAUGAAAGUAGUCCUACAAUUUCACAGGAGUGGCUUACGCUGUUUUAUGAUUUUCUUUGUGAACAUUCCAUUCAGUCAUCGCAUCAGGACAUUGAGCAGUCACAAAAGGUUUUUGAUUCGCAUCAAACAGACCGCAAGAUUGACACAGGAAUGCUGAUAGAAAAUAUAAGGUUACUGGACACGUGGUCAUUUUUACCUUGUAUUGGAAUUGGUGACAGAUAUAUCCUCAUACCAUUGAAAGAAACAUUCCAUUUGCUUUUUCUGUCUGCUCUUGAUAAACUCGGCAAGCCGGGCCUGUCUCUUGCAAAAUUCCGUCUGCCAAAAUUAUAUGUAAAAGCAUUCAGUAAAUGCACGGCAAAAACUGAUGUCCAAAAAGCAAUGGAAAAUGUCGUUGCUUCUUUAAAUCGACCGUACGAUUUACUACGGUGCCUUGUACACCAUAAGGAUGUAUUACAAACGUCGGAAUCAAAGACUGAGGAUGAUGCAAUUGAACUACUAGCAUAUUUUGGUCGUGAAUUGAAUAUUCUUGAGAAAUUCGCAGAUAAGAAUACGCUCGUGUCGUUACUGCGCACUCUGCCCCUUUAUUUAACACAACAGGGCACAAUGACUGAUCUAGCAAUAACUGAAGAGGUUCUUGUGCUACCUAAAGGCAUGCCAUUUGGUGGAAUACAGAUCUGGGCAGACGUAAAUAAUAUUACAUUAUUGCAAGAGAAGGACUCUCUCGAGUCAAUUUAUGAAUUUCUAGGAUUACAGAAGGCUGAUGAAGAUUAUGUGUAUGGACAGAAAAUUCUGCCAACCUUUGACGCCAUUCCAGACCAGUAUUGGAUGGAGCACGUUGAGUAUCUGAGAAAUAAACUGGGGCACAGAGUAGCCUUAACAGCAAAUCAGUCCAAGAUUUUAAAAGAGCUAAAGGCGAUAGCUUUUAUUAACGUUCAGGGGGUAAAAAAGAGAGCAAAUCAGUUGUUCGAUCAGUCAAACGUUACCUUCAAAUGCUUGGUAAAUUCAAACGAGUGCCUUCCUAAUGAUAUGUUGACAUCUGAAUGGAGACAGUUUCUAAAGAAACUUGAUCUUAAAUGUGAGGUCACUGAUGAAAUGAUGGUCAUGUUUGCUCGGCAAAUUGAGUUAGAAAGCUUAAACAGCUCCAUGGAGUGUGUUCGAAACAAGUCGAAAAUCCUUCUGGAUCGGUUUGUUGAAAGGAAUGGGCAGGAUUGGAAAAUAAAUACACUUUCUGAAAUACGAAAAGUUAAAUUCAUAGAACCAUUUGUGAUAAAAGACGAGUGUAAAAAUGUUUGUCCUCAGUACUGUGACGCCGGUAGGUUUAUCUGCUUCUAUGAUGCCAUUUCCUGUGAUCACUCAGAUUUAUGCUGGACUAGUGCAAAUUUACUUCCAUGGAAGCUUUUCAAUAAGCUUAGCAAAGAAGUACGAAAACAGCUUGGAAUUCAAGAGAAACCUCCUGUGGACAAAGUUUUACUACAUUUUCGCAAUGUUUGCGACAGCUUAAAAAAUAAGCUUAGUCGUGGUACAGUCCAUGACAAUUUUGUUAAGAGCCAAAUGUCCUGUUUUUAUGAGUUUUUCACCGGCUGUCCUUCGCUUAAUGAUCAAGUCUUUUCUAAACUCAGAGCUGAACCGUUCAUUCAUUUACCCGAUGAAAAGGCCAUUGUUGUGGUAAGCGAAGUUGUUGUCGACCUACCGUCUGCAUUGGAGAUUAAACCAUAUUUGUACAAAGCACCAACGUACUACGGAAAAUACUAUGAAUUAUUUCAAAAGAUAGGAAGUAAAAAGACAAUCAUGUUUUGUCACUAUGCUUCAGUGCUUCAGAAGAUAAAAGAUAAAUGUACAGAAAACGAAAUGAGUGUUCCGGAAAGGGCAGUAGUCAAACGUGCAUUUGAAGGGCUGGUCCAACUGCCACUCGAUGAAGACACAAGCACAAAGGAAGUACUGUCUGUCUUUCUGCCAACGCAGAAAAUGUUUCUCAAAGAUUCAAAACAAAUAAUUGUUUCCAAUAAAAUAAGUUUUGAAAUUAGGCUGAAAGGAAAUAUUGAAUUAGAUAUGUGUGCCGGAGAGUCAUUUCUAGAUUUUAAGGUCGUUUCACUUGAGGAAGUUAUUUCAAAAUGGCCAGAUCAUUUGAAGCCUAUCCUUCUGACCGAUGUAAUAAAAGAAGAAGUUUGCAUUGAGGCUAACCAAAGGAUAAGAUACAGUAGUAAAGCUUCUGUAAUCGAGGCAUUCCUUCAUUCAAAUGAUUUGGUUACUGGUCUUUGCCGUUUGCUCAAGCAUCAGAGUACAAAGGAAACUUGUGAAACUAAAUUUGAGGCUGAACGCUCAGAAACCGAAAUUGCAAACAAAUUACAAAAUGUAACUGCUGUUGAAUUUCCUACACUAAAAACAGUAUUAAAAUAUAAGGGAAGAAUUGUGGAUAGAUCUGAAAGGGAAAUAAAUCAUUACAUUCAACAUGAAAAUGGAAACAUGUCUGGUCCACUGACUUUCUAUUUCAAUGACGGAAGUAAAAAAGCAAACGUAUAUAUACCAAGUAUUUUACAUGGUUUAAUAGGUUUAGUUAAAAUGUGUGCUGGCGGUCUCAAUGCAGAAUCCAUUGUUCACGUCACACUUUUAAUUCAGUCACUGGAAACGCCACGUAAAAUACACGAAGUUCUAGAUCACGUUCAUAUCAAGCCAUACGGAAGUCCACAGACUCAAAUAAAGGAUUACUUCCCUAAGCCUGGAACUUACGUAGAGCCUCAGUUUAUCCCUUUCUUGGAGCAAGGCAUUAGUCCCUUCAAGGAUUUUGAGUACGAUCAUGUGGCUAUGGAACUUGAAGACACCACUUUAGACUGCAAGUCGCAGUUUUCACAAUCGUCAUCAGCGUUCUAUGAGAACGUUUUUAGGAGAGCACGUAGUUAUGCGAGGGCGUAUUACGACAAUUUUGAUGCCUAUAACAGAUCUGAAAGAACGGGUGACUAUGCACAUUCUACAUCAACUCAAAUGAAACGCCAAGACCAUGGAGAAGCCCAAAGAUGGUUCCGACAGGCUAAAAAUGACUACCUGACCGCUUCAGAAAUCCUUCCUACGGCUUCUGGUAUCAGUUCGUUCAAUUGGGUAUGCUACAUCUGUCAUCAGGCGUGUGAAAAAGCACUUAAAGCUGCCCAUUACUCUAAUGAUGCGAACAAAGUUCCUGACGGGGUUUUCCUCCCGGCACUAGCAUUGACUGGUGAAAUGCUGGUACAGGCAACUCUUUUGGAGACACGACUUGGAACACAUGGGCGACUGAGAUACCCGGACGCUCUGUCGCGUCCUAGAAUACCAUCGGAUAUGUUCAGCAAGGAGGACGCCGACUUUGCACUUUCGGUAGCAAGAACAAUACUGGAACUAGUAGAGGAAUACAUAUAACUGUUCAGAAACACCCAAAGUCAGAAAAGUAAAGUAUUUUUUAAAAAUAUAGACAUUGAUGAUAUUGUGGAUACUGGUUUAUAAACGUAACCUAUUACGUUCUCGUUUACAGAACUGUGUUUAAAUAAGUACUCUGCAUUGUAAAAUCAAGGUCUCACCGCAGAAAAUUUAGACUUGUUUCAAUUUAUCAUAGGUAUAUUUUAUGUUGUACAUAAUGCUGUUACUUCAAUACUACAUUCUGAUCGACUUUUUUGUAUGAAACAAAUUCACAUAUAACAUAUUGUAAAAUAUUGUAUAUUUGAGACAUGUUUUAUCAUGAUAUUUGAUAUGGGUUUUUUUUUCACAAUCGAUAUAUGAUCUUUCACUGUUGUUUUAUUUUACAAUUUUAAUCACAUUAAUUUGUGUUAGAUCUAAUCAGAAAAUCACCGCCCAUCAAAACUCCGACUACAACUUUUACGUUAGAAAUCUUGAUUACUAUGAACUACUGGUUCAGAAGUAGACUGGUAUUAUCAAACUGUAGUUGAAAUAAGAAUAAAUGUAAACGUCUUUUAAACAGUCGUAAUUCGAUGGAUUUUUACUUGGAUGUUUGGUUAUAAUAAUUAAAAAAGGAAUUGUAAGGCGGCCUUAUUACACAUUCAAGUUUAAAAUUCCAUUUAGCUACAUUGUAAAAAAAAUCAUAUCGGAUGUGUGACGUUACUUGUGACGUCAUUUUCAUAUGUUUUGUCGCGAAAAAGAGAGGUCAUGAACGACCAUGUUUUUCAUUUUUACCUAGACAACAACUUUUAUCAUUGAAAUAAUGUUAUUUGUAGAUGCGUUAUAAUAAAAGGAUGAUGAGCUUUAUACUCGUUCUUUCGCGGAUUAUUAUUCCCGUUGCAGAACUCGUGCAUAGUUCUCGAUACAAAUCUGAUUUAGUGCAGCCAUAUGGUGAAAAAAUCGUGCUAUUUGUGGGAAAAGCAUGAAACUUGGCAGAAAGGGAGGAUAUGGUGUCUUUAAUUCAAAAUUGAAAGGAAGUUUGAAAAAAAUUCAAAAUGGCCGAAAUUAUUCAAAAUGGCCGCCAUUCAUAAAAAAUAUGAAGAAAAGUAAGGGUCAGACACACUCAGUACAUUUUUUUAGCCAGUUAAUCUAUGUUUUUAAUCAUUUUUAUGCAAACACUGAUUAUAGACACUUUUAUGAAUAGAUUUCAGCUAUUUAUUGUUGUUUUUUACUAUAUAAUUACAGAAAUUGAGUUACUUCCCUUUGAUGCAGUUUCGUUAUUUAUACCGCAAACAGCUUGAUCUGUUAAAUUUCUUUUCAGAAUGUUAAAAAUCAUAUAAGAUUGAUAAGAAUAAUAGUCGGAGUCCAAAUGACAAAACAAAUGGUAAUAAAAUGUUAUCCAAACAUUUUCUGACGCAUACUGUAGAGAAUACAACGUAAUAUUCGGACUAAAGUAAUUCAUGUGUGUUGUCACUUAGUUCAUUUUCUCUGCAUAAAUUGAAAUAAACACUUCCUAAUAUAUUCCAAAGAUGAAUAUAGACUACUUUUCUACCAUGUAGUAAUAUUUCCAUAGAACUUAUCAUGUGUGUUUAUUAAUUUAUAACUUCAAAGAUGUAGAAAAGUGAUCCAAAUCCUUAUCAAGGAAUGAGUCAAAUAACUUAUGUAAAAUAUUUAACCAAAAUGGAUAGGAUAAUUUGAAUACAGAUUUAAUUCAAAUUUAUGCAGCCACCCAUACAACAUUCCGAACAUUAUUUUAUCUGCUUUUGAGGUAAAAAUGUAUAAUGUACAAAGAAUGUACAAAGAACAGAUAUAAACAAUAAAAAAUACCACCAAAAAACUUCAGAUCAUAAGAAGUUCGUAUUGGUGGCUAUACAUUAACAAUAUUCCGUUUUCAAGGAGUUUUGUUCAGUGAGAUUCAGAUGGUUGCUCCGGUUGUCACACAUCAGGGUUAAAUUAAGACACUGGUACUUCUAAUGAUACAGUGUCUUUUGAUCUUGUGCCCCUGUUCUGCCUAUAAACUUCUAUCAUGUUGUACAUAAUAAGACUGAGGAAGAUUGAGUAGAAACUUUAAGGUUUGAGUAUGUAUUUUGUAGUAUUUUGCUGCAAGCCAAAUGAGGCUCCUUCUACACAGGAGUAAUCUGACUAUGAUCGGAUGCUCUAGUUAUAAGAUGAGAUGCUGUGUUCUGUACAUGUUGUAGUUUGUGCAAUACGGUGCUCGGAAUACCAUGAAACAAUGCAUUGCAAUAGUCUAUUAAUGCAAGGUAGGAAAGCAAUUCGUAAAGGUGUUGAUUGCAUCACAGGUUAGGUACCGUCUGAUCUGACCUAUUAUGUACAAUUGUGGAUAUACAGCCCUGCAUACAGAAUUGAACAUGUGAAAGUCUAACACUACCUGAGAUUCAUCUAUUCAUUACAUACAUAGUUGCAGAGUCACUGGGUUUCCUCAACAUGUUAACACUGUACCUGCAAUAUGCUUUGAUAUCAACAUUAAUAUUUCUGUUUUAUCAGCAUUGUGUUUGGGACAAUAUGGGGCAAUAUCUAACUGUAGCUUUUAUAGGCUUAAAAGAAAAGUACAACCGAGAGGCGUCGUGUAGUAACUACAAAUCAUUUCAUAACAUCUCCUUUUUUCACCAACCGUAAAUAUAUGUAACUGUUGGGGUUUAGUUUGUGACCCGUAGGUACACUGUAUUUUGCUAACAUACUGGUGUCAGUAACUACCAAUCAAUGCACACCAUUUGAGAGUGAUUGCUUAGAUAAAUGACACUCGACCUUCAAAAUAGUGCUCAGUUCAGUGCAACACAGUCAGAUUGUCAAUGAUCAUGGUUCCAGUAGCUUGUAUUAUACAUAUAAUAUGGUCAAGAGGCUGAAUAAUGUCGUUCUGUAACUUUGUUAGGUCAGUCUGGUCUCCAAAAUCUUUAAAAUAAGUAGGAGACGGGAUACAAGCAUGUUGUUUUUGUGGCUGUUGGUUCUAGCCUAGGUUUCUUUAACAUAGAUCUCAUUUGCACAUUCUUAACUAUCAUUGGUAAAUUACGUAAUGUAUUUAUAUAUUUUGCUAUAAAUGGUUACAGUUCCUCCAGGAAUUUCUUAAAAAGUCAUGUCUACAGUUUGUUUUAACGAUUUAUUGAUACAACAGUCGCUGAAAUUCUAUUCACUGCAAGUUCCUGUUCAGAUAACUCACAGGGGAUAGCAAGAUCACUACUGUUUGUUUGUUUUGGGUUUAACGCCGUUUACAACAGUAUUUCAGUUAUAUAAUGGCGGGUAGUUAACCUAAACAAUGUUACUGAAUUUUGUACCAGUACAAAACUGUUCAUUACAAGUAACUGCCAACUUCCCCACAUUAGUCAGAGGUGGAGGACGAAUGAUUUCAGACACAAUGUCUUUUUAUUUUAUCAAAUAGUCACGGGGCCCGGGAUCCGUAGAUCUGCGCUCUCCCUCUUGAGCUAAGACCACCGUCUCCCUACAGAUUUUUGACGUAUGCAGAGUAGUAAACAAUUCAAUCCUGAUAUUACCCAUCACUUUAUAUUUGAGUAUUCAUUGUCACUUUGAGUGUACGCCGCUUAUGUUCAAGCUUGCUUUUUAAAAGUUUGGUCUUGUGAAAGUCGGUUCUGAUUAGGUGCAACUUGGUCGAAAUACGGGUAUUUUAAGCGGGCAAAUGAAUGCUAUCUAUCAGUGAACAUUAGCUGUUUAAAUACAUAUACACUCACUUCCUUAUCAACAUGAGGCUGUGCAUGGUACAUGCAUAUAAUUAGAGGGUAGUUUUCAAAACAGUCAUAUGGCAUGUUCAUAAUUUGAUAACAAAGAUUAUGAUAAUUAACUGUAUACACACUGGAAACACACCUGUAAUUAUAAUAGUUUGUGGUCAACCCCUAUGUGGGCUUGCCUAAUGAAAACAGUGGAUUUGUCUUGACACUGGCGAUGAAGAUAAGUAUGGUUUGAUGUUUAAUGUCUUUAUAUUUCACACGUGCUCUUAAAAAAAAGACAAAUAUUACCUCAUUUGCAAAGGCAGUACUUAAUGCUAUGUGUAGCUAUUUGUCAAUGUGGUGGUAAUUAUAGCAACGGCUGAUAAACUUAUGAACUUGGAUAAUAAACAUAUACACAUUAAUUUGGUAGGAAUCAAAUACAUGUACGUAUAUAUCCCGUUAAAUAAAGUGUUCAACAUUCUUUACAAAUUACAUAAAACGGUAUGUUAGGUUUGCUGCUGAAAUAGGCUGUGUAAAAUGGUUCUUUGUCUUUGUAUUCUUUUCCAUAUAGAUAUGACAAGAUUUGUUUUUAAUUAUUUCUAUUUAAAAUUCAUAUUCAAUAUCAGUAUGUUCUUAAUUUACAGUAUAAUGAUGGUUCGGUUCAUGUAAAUAAAUCACUACUUUAUAUUGAUAUUUUGGCGGCCAUUUUACUUUUGACGGCCAUUUUGAUAACACGGUAACGUCCAAUAUAUGUCAACAAAUACAGUAUGCAGCCCUAAAUAUCAUACUGUGUAAAUAUUGAGCAUUUUUUGCUGGUUGUUAUAGAAAUAUUUAGCAUGAAAGUGGAUUAUUGGAAGAAAUAUUGGAUUUUGGCUGCCAUUUUUAAAAUGGCCGACUAGUCAGCCAUCUUGGGUAUUACAGCAACUUCUUUUCGUUUUCUUAUAUAGAUAAUACCAAGUAACAUAUGUACCAAGUUUGAUGCUUUUCCCACAAAUGGCACGAUUUUAUGAAAUUAAGUCGCCAAAUGGCUGCACUAAUUACCUAUAAUUUCUUUUCAUGGCAAACCUAUGAAUGAAUUUACAUACAUGUGCUUUAUAUCUGUAUUUUGCUAAUACACUGAUGUUUUAUAGUUUGUUUGAACUUUUUGCGUAUACAGUUAUGUCUUGACGUAUUAUGAUUUUCCUGGUUCAGUAAUGUUUAAUGUAUUAUUAUGUAUGUAGUAAUGACAGUGUUUCAGAUAUGUUAUCUUCGCUUUGUAGUUUAAUAUAAUGUGUUCGAAAGAAAUGUAGUUUAAUAUAAACGUUUGGAAGAAAUGUAGAUAAAUAUAAUAUGUUGGAAAGAAAUGAUAACAAUUUAUGCUAUAAAAUGUACGUCUGUUUUGUCAAACGCUUUUAUAUAUAAAAGUGUCGUGCAUAUAUACGAUGUGAUGUAAAUAAUGCAUCAUUUCUAAGGUAAUAUCCAAUGUAGGUCUAAAAAAUAUAUGAAGCGUCCUGUUUUGACAGAUAUUUUCCUAACAUUUAUUCCGAUAAAACCUGCAUGAGUAACAAAAAUAAUGAAAUUUGCCUUUCAAAUGCGUAAAUCUGACAGUUACCUUGACUUAUGUCAAGAGAUAUAACGCUUGGUUUCCCCCUUUGUUUAAAUGCUAGAACAAUCGAGUCAUGUUAGAAUGUAAACUAAAUAUUUUUUGUAAACAGUUAUCAUUGCCGUAAAAUAUUUACCAAGAUGAUAUAACAUGUCGAGUUCUAGAAUUUUUAGACGUUGCUAUCUGUUUGCCUUAUUUGAUAUUUUGUAUACAUUCUGAAUUAAAUGUAAUCUGUAUCUCCAUAGUUUAUCUAAAAACCAGUAUUUUGGUAAUAUUUGAGAAACUGUUCCAUUGUGUUAUGAAAAUGUUGUUGCAUUAUAGGGCAAUCCUGUGCCUGCAAACAGUAAACCUAACAUUGGGUCUUUCAAGUGCAUUUAAAUAGCAUUAUACAAGAACUUGCCUUGUAUUAAGAAUAAUUCAGACAUACAUGUAUGCCUAAGGUCCAAUAUCAUUAUACAAAAACAUGCCUUAUAUUAUUUAGAUAUACAUGUAUAUCUGUAAAAGGUCCCAACCUUCAAUUUGUAAAUAUACUGUUAUACAUGUGUUUGACUAAAAUUGCCUUUAAUCUGUUAUAUAACUGUGUUUUAAUUGUUAAUGUUCUUCAUCCCAAGUACUAGUAUUGCUGUAAAUUUUCAUACUACAGUUUUAUAUAUCUCUUACAAAUAACUUUGAUAUCAUGCUGUAUACUUAAUUAUGUUAAACAUUAUUAUAAUAUUAUUUUUGAUAUGCAUUAUAAUUCUGUUGUGGUUAUGUUCGUUGUUAGGAGACAUUAUUGUUUUGUAAGAAAUGUUUGAACAUAUUCUGUUUUAAAAUUUACACUUUUCUGUUUUAGUGAUAAAAUGUAGCAUUGCUUAUCGUAAGGACGUUUACAAGCACAUUUACAUACGUUGGUUGGUCGUUAUAAGGGACCUUUCCGGUAAAGGCAAUGUACAUGAUAAUAAGGUGUUUAUAUCUACACAAUUUAGGUGUAUUCGAAUAAUUUUCACUAUGUGUAAUGUAACAAUUGCCGUUUUACCUUCUAUUACCGUGCAGACUACACCCAUUUUUAUGCUAUUGCCCUUUAAUAGAUAUAUCUAUAACAUGUACUGGAAAUGUCACU